AUGUUCGCCGGUCACAUUUACCGGAUCAUAAAAAUCCGGAAGCCCGACUUUCGGUUCCCGUAUCCAGCUCUGUGUCUGUGGACGAUCAUCUGCGGCGGUUUAUUAUGGAUGAUGUCCAUAUUCUAUUUUUUCGUUCACGAGUACAGCAUUUGGGCAAGCGUCUUAUACGCUCUCGUGUUUCGUCUGAUUUACUCGGCCGUGAUUUCGGCAUUUAUUGUUAUUUCCGCUAUAAACACUUGUUUCACAGGAUCUUGGUCAUUGAUACUCACGCCAUUGGGUAGACUCACAUACGGAGUGUAUUUGGGAGGGUUGUCGAUGCAAUUGUAUCAUGUGGCUUCCGCGCGCACUCAGAUAUAUUUCAAUCAAUUAAUACUUUCAUGGAUUGUAAUUGGUGAUUCAAUAUAUGGAUUUGUCAUUGCGUUCAUCUUGUACCUGUUGAUUGAAAGUCCAUUUGAAAAUCUACUGAAACUAUUGGUCAACAAAAUAAAAGGAGGAAAACCUAAGACUGAAGAAAGAAUACCGAAGGCUGUUGAAAUGUUACCACAUACAAUGGAAAGACAUAGUUAAUAUCAAUUUUUAAUAGAUAUACUAGGUCACUAGAAUAUAAAGAAAAAAAUACUUAAAAUUAAG